AUGGGUGGAGAUAGCAUCGGAUAUGAUGAAAACACGAUGGGGCCCUGGCAUAAAUUCGACCGGAAUGACUGGAUGAUGAGCCGAGCAAAACGUGCAAUUGCUGAAGACACGAUAAGCGACGAGUCGACGGGUUCUGAUGAAAGCACCGAAAAGCCGCUGGCCACUUUUGAUCGCACCAAUCCAUGGAUGGAGGGCCGGGCAAAACGAGAUAUUGAAGACGAUAGCACUAGCGACGAGCCGACGGAACCGGCCGAAAACGAAAGGGCCACCAGAACACCGUGGUUUAAAUUUGACAGCAAGGACUGGACCAUUCGUGGAAAACGAGCAAUUGCGGAAUAUACCCACGUUUUCCAGGCCGAUUGCGGUAGCGACACUGACGACCAACUGAACCGCGACAGCCGUGGUAUCUUUGACUUCCUAAGAGAUUUCUUUGGCAGGAAAUACCAUUACCGUGAUCAGUUCACGACGGCAGAACCCGACACUACUGAGACGACAACGAUUUCAGAAGACACGACAACCACUGACGAAAAAGAUGUAGAAGCUUCUGGAUCUGAGGAAGUGGAAACGACGACGGAAGCAGAGACCACUGAGGAGACAGACGAUGUGACUGAUGAUGGUGAAGAUAAGGAAACCACGACAGUCAUGGAGGAA